AUGCAGUACAGAAACCAAAAUUCUAUCACUGCAUUUUUGAAAUGGAACAAGGAUACAUUUUUCAAUAACUUCAAAGAUAGCUUUGCUGAUUUUAUGUGUGUUGCUUAUCCGAGGGAAAUUACUUACAAAAUAUUGGAAAUGUCAUUGGAGGAACAUUUUUCUGGUAAUAGUUUGGUUGGGUUAUCAUUGUUGGUUCCUCUUUUGGAGAGAGGUCUUCAAGACUCUAUUUAUAUUGACUUGGUUCAUAAUAAUGAUAAACAAAAGGUACAACAAUUUGAAGAUUUUUCCAAGUUACCCAAGUUUAGUGAACUACUCACCAUGAAGGAGUUAAAGGAUAUUUACGGAGAGGAAGUAACAUUAUUAUUGAGAUGUCUAGUUGGACCUCUUAAUUCAAUUAAUUUGAGAAAUGUUUCACUUCACGGAUUCAUUAAUGAGAGGGAAUUCCAAGAUUGCUAUCUCAGUUUAAUAUUAUUACUUGUACCGUCACUGUCCAGAUUAUCAACCAAACAUUUGAAUGAUACUGUUGGAAUGAAUAAUGCAUUGUUGAAAAGGCCAAUUAUUGAUCUUUCUAAUUGCAAACCAGUUCAAGAUAUUUUCAAAGUUAAUAAUGUGGAUUGUGGAAGGUUCUUAAAGAUGACCUCUGUAGGAAAGGAAAUUGACGAAUUGCUUGAACAUUCUGCAUUUGUGUUAAAUGAUUCAAUUCCUUUAUGGAGAAGAGCCUUUAUUGAAUAUUUCGAAAAGGCUAACUAUUACAAAACAGUAUCCAUAAUUUUCCCAUUAUUCGAACAUUCAAUCAGAAGAAUAUUUGUCUGUGUAAAUGGGUGUGAAAACAGGCUUUUAACAGCAGAGAAAAAUAGUUUGUAUACUACACUCGAUGUAUUAUUUACCACAAAACCUAUCCCUUCAUAUAACAUUGAUAAUAAUGGUGUCUUUGAUGUAAUUGGAAAUAAUUUAUUGAAUGCCAUUUUCGAUCUUCUUAUUUGGGUUGAAAGUCCAAGAGUAAGAGAUUUGAUUUCUCAUGGAAACAUCAAUAUUGAAACCAUACCUCAAGCUCUAGUUGAUGAAAUUGUGAAAUUAAUGUUUGGUCUUAUUUACAAAUUUGAUGUAAGAAGAUAUUUGUCUGAAAAUUUUAACUCGAACGAUUCAGAUUUUUCUUCUCAACUCAAUUUCUGUGAAGAAUAUUUCAAUAAGGAGUACUCGUCUCCUUUCCAUUCCAUGAGCAUUCUUGAUAGACAACUAAAAUUGGCUUUCGAUUCUAUUGCUCUAUUGGAAAAUAAUAAGAAUAUUCCAGAUGAUAUUUUUAAUUUGCCAAACUUUAAGGAAAUUAGAGAUGAAGUCAUUCAACAAGAUCCAUUCCAUGAAAAGCUAUUAGAUUUAAUUCCAAUAAUUAACAGCAAACUUAGUGAACACAUUGAAUUUGUUAAGAGCUUCUACAAUAUUGAGGAAAAUCAAAUGACUAAACAUUUAGGAAAUCAUCUACAUCAAGUAACCUUCUCUGAAAAGGCUGUAAGUUGA